AUGGUGAAGUUUCGGAAUAUAGCGUGGAACAAGCCUAACGAAGGAUAUGGAAAAGUUGCUUUUGCGGUAUCGUUAUUUUUCAGUUGCUGUUCUGCUGGUUCGCUUUUCCCAACAUUUAUGCUUUGGACAGAAAAAUAUCAGAAGGAGCGUCGUCAGGCUGGUGUUAAAGAAUAUCUUCGGGAACUACAGCGCAAGCAGAAUAUGGCGAAAUAUGAGGAGCAAAAAAAACGUCUUGAUGAAGAUUAG